AUGUCAGUAGAAGAUAAGCCAGUCCAGCAAGAAGCUCCCGUCGAGUCGCAGUUCCAGAAGCCUGGUGACUUGGUGGAGAGAGAUGAGGACACCGGUGUGAUGUCCUUGGAAAGUCUUUGUAUGAACUGCCAUGAGAACGGAACGACAAGGCUCCUCCUCCUCCGAGUACCUUACUUCCGCGACAUCAUCCUCGAAUCCUUCGAAUGCCCCCAUUGCCACUUCAAGGACAACUCCGUCAAAUCCGCUGGUCAGAUCCAAGAGAAGGGCGCAAAGUACACACUUACUGUCCAGGGCGAAAAUGACCUCCAGCGCCAGGUUGUUCGAAGCGACACUUCAAUCUUCAAGGUUGAAUCUCUGGGAAUCGAGAUGCCCAAGGGCGAGAGUCAGUUUACGACUGUCGAAGGAGUGAUUCAGAAAAUCUACGAGUCGCUGUCUAGCGAGCAACCCCUGCGUAAGGCUCAGGCACCUGAACUUCACGAUGCGCUUGUGCCUAUCAUCGAGAACCUCCAGAAGAUCCUGAACCGAGACGGAUUCCCCUUCACCGUCUCUCUCGAUGACCCCACUGGAAACUCAUGGAUCGCGCCUACUAUUAACGACACUGGAAACAACUACAAGCGUCGUGACUACCCUCGUACGCACGAGCAGAAUGAAGAGCUUGGAAUUUCCGCGGACCCCAAUGCUGUGGAGCAUGAAGCAUCUGGCGAAUGGGAAGAUUCUGAGAUUGUCGAUGGUCAGGUCUACAGUCUGCCUACCGAAUGUCCAGGCUGCACGAAGCCUGGCUUCGUUAACAUGAAGAAGGUGAACAUCCCCUACUUCAAGGAGGUCAUCAUCUGGAGUACAUCUUGCGAGCACUGCGGAUACCGUACUAGCGAAGUUAAGACUGGUGGUGAAGUUCCGGAGAAGGGCAAGCGCAUCACUCUUAGGGUCGAGAAUGAAGUUGACCUCUCGCGUGAUAUCCUCAAGUCCGACACCUGCGCUCUGCACAGUGAAGAGUUGGAAGUCACUGUUCAGCCUGGUACAUUGGGCGGACGUUUCACUACCGUUGAAGGUCUGCUCACCGAAAUCCGUGAUCAACUGCACGGCCAGAUCUUCGAUGUCGACGAUGCGAGCGGCGCUGGAGGAGACAGCAUGGCAUCCGACACUAAAGAGAAGUGGACUCGCUUCUUCUCUCGUCUCGAUGCUGCUAUCAAUGGAGACAUGAAGUUUGUCAUCACUCUCGAAGAUCCCAUGGCCAACAGCUACGUCCAGGACUUGUGUGCGCCUGCUGUCGAUCAUCAGAUCACGACUGAAGAGUACACCCGUACUGAAGAAGAGGAAGAAGAGCUCGGUCUGAAGGACAUGAAGCUCGAAGGUUACGAGGAGGAUACGGAGAAGAAGGAAGAGGACAACACCGAACAGAAGUCAUAA